AUGCGUGUGAAACUACCUGAUGAUCACUCGCUUAGAUGGAUUUUCUCCGCCAGUUCCGAAGUGAAAUCCUUGAAUAAUUCCAAGAUGUGGCUGCAGGCUACUAGAAAAGUGACGGAUGAACAGCGGUACCUCACUCCCUCUGAAAUUUCGUCUGACCUGUACGAGAUACCAAUUUCUCCCUCGAAAGCCGUAAAAGCUGCUUCUGCGAGAAGCAAAGACGCCAGUGCAUUUAGCAGGAAACUGAAUUUCCAAAAAGCGCAGACUCGAUCUAAAACUUGGGUUCCUACCGACGAUGAGGGUGAUAUCUACGUGGUACCUGCAACUCCAUCAAAGACUCAUGAGUCUUCGAUCUCAACUGCUCCUUCUAAGGCGAUCAAAGCAGAUGCUAAAAAAUUUGGGCCCAAAUUUGAACCAGAAGUAUCUCAAGUUGGAAAAGUGGCUAAGAAGGUUGUUCAGCAGAAAAACCCAGCGCCAAUUUUGCCUCCAGACGCAGACCUGACGAAGCACAAGUGUUGGUUCGGCAUGUGCGUGAAGACUCUGCCUCCCGAAGAGUGCACCGCGAGGGCCCUGUUUGGUAGCGAGGGCAUGUUUGCAGUGCCACUCAAACUCGGAUUCUGCCGACGACGUAUUCCCAAUUCUUGCGUGUACAACCCAAUUUGUGGAAAAGCUCUUUUUCGACAGCACGAACACCUCCUGCCACUAUUGAGGCGUUCGAACCAGAAGAACAACUUCAUUGAACCCAGCAUGUUCGUGUUUGACGAUGACGUUAGAGUCAAUCCCAGUCAUUUCAUGUCAAUUCCGGAGGAUCAAGUGGUGAUCAGGGACUUAUCCGGAGGACAGGAACCAUGUCCUAUUCCAGUUGUGAAUGGAGUGGACGACAAUCUGGACCUGUUCUUCAAGUACUGUUGCAGAAGCAGAGUGGAGCAGGGAUCCCAGGUGUCCCACAUCAUCCAGCAGAGUGUGGCCACCGCCAACAACUCAGCCGAAAAACCACAAGUGUGCUGCAUAUGUCCACUAAUAUGCGAGGAUCCGAAGAAGUGCGCAUGUAUUCAAGCAACAAUCGGACAGUUUCAACAGAAUUCAGCAGAGGAUGGUGCCACAAGAUCUGUCGGCUACGUGAACGGAAUUUUACGCGAUGUCCUCUUCACGGGCAUCUUCGAGUGUGGACUAGGGUGUCGUUGUCGGGCCAACUGCAGCAACCGACUGUCGCAGGGGGGAGUGAGGGUGAAACUGAGUCUGCAGCGGGAUUCCCACCCGAGGAGUCAGCCACAAGGCGGGUGGAAAGUGGUAACUGUGCAGGAUCUGCCCAAAGGGGUGUUUGUCUCACUGCUGUCGGGGGUGCUGUGCUCUUCUACAGACAUCAAUGCAGAGUCAAAGCCGGAUUCGAACUACAUAUUUUCGCUGGACAUGCCGUUGCCCGCACUCAAGCAAAGAAAUGAAGUAGGGGCAACAUUCUUACACGUUGAGGAGGAUGGUGUUCAGAAGAGGGCGAUCCAAAUUGAUGGGAAAAGCGUGACCGUCCCCGAUACCAGCUCGUUUGAUGAAAUGGACCCAGAAGACAGUAUCAGUAAUGAACAUCAAGAAUCUGACGCAGUCUUUGACAGAGAAGAUGAUACUUUAACUAAUCUGAAGAAAAUUCUAACUCAGAAAAAAGAAGCCCAUUACAUAAACGGAGGUCGUAAAGACUUCUUCUACAUUGACAACUCACGAUACGCCAGCAUCAGCCGUUUCUUUAAUCACUCUUGUGAUCCAAACUUGGUAGUGCAGCCAGUGUUCCACGAGGUACGAGACACCCGAUUCCCAGAAAUUGCAUUCUUCACCAAAAGAAACAUCAAAGCAGGCGAAGAACUGACUUACGAGCACCAGUUCAACUUGAAAAAGGUCAAACGAGGUCAUAAGGCAAGAGAUCAUCCUAUAUAUGGACAAAAACAGAUCACAUGGUGCAUGUGUGAGUCACCAAACUGCCGCCAGAAACUGGUCUGACUGAAUGAUAACAAACGGACACAGGAAGAGAACAGUAUGCUCUUUAUGACAGCAAUUUGGAAAGAAACAGUUUAACCGGAAAAUUUAAAAUUUGGAAUUUUGGAAGCAUAGAUAGUUUAGGUAGAAUAAGUUUAAUUGAGCUGAGAUUUGAGUGUACUUAGUUUGGUGUACAACGCGAUUUUGCUUUUUCUCAUUAUAGCCUCCCAAACCUCCCCCAUC